GUGAAAGGGGGGACUAGGAUACAGGGUCUGUUCUUGUUGUUGUUCGUGAAAAACUGCACAUCUUUCAAGGCAGAUCUGUUAUUUAAAAAAAGACAUGGCUUUCAAAGCCAAAGUUUUCUUUAUUGUCUUUCUAUCAAUAUUUUUGUAUGGCUCUCAAGCUAGAGAAGGUGCUUCCGACGAUGUUGUCGUUCAUUUAUCCGUGGGCAAAUUGCGCGGUAUUCGAGAGAGUGUUUCUGGUACAGAGCGAGAGGCCGAAUCAUUCUAUGGCAUCCCAUUUGCUGAACCGCCAAUCGGAGACCUGAGGUUUGUGCCGUCUAAGCCAGCUAAAGGAUGGAGCGGGGUGAGAAAUGCGAGAAAGCCUGGCGCUCGUUGUGUCUACGGUAGAGUGAUGCCACCCAUGGCUGCCAAACCAGCAAGCCCAGACAGUAUGAGCGAGGAUUGCCUUUUCCUUAACGUGUUCAGGCCAGCAGGGACAAAGGCCACGAAAGACCUACCUGUCAUGGUAUUCAUCCAUGGGGGUGGCUACUACCGAGGCUCAGGCGAUGUAUACGAUGGCACCCCAUUGGCAGCAUACAAUGAUGUGAUAGUUGUGACAAUGAAUUACAGGCUUGGUCUUUUAGGUUUUCUGCAUGUUGCGGGUACAGACGUAACCGGAAACUAUGCCAUGUACGACCAGAUCCUAGCACUUAAGUGGGUUCAACAGCACAUUGGUUGCUUUGGUGGGGACCCCUCCCAAGUGACCCUUUUUGGCCAAAGUGCUGGUGGUGCAAGUGUUCUUCUACUCACCCUAUCCCCCCUUAGUAAAGGUCUAUUCAAGAGGGCUAUACUUGAAAGUCCAACAGAGACAUAUGGCACCUAUCCGACCAACAAUACUAAGGUUUACAUUGAUCGACUUGGUUGCCAUGGUGAAAAGGUGCUUGCAUGCUUGCAGAGUAAGUCGCUAGAGGAAAUAUUAAAAGCACAGGGCAUUGCUGACUUUUUGUUACUUGGUAUUGUCUUCCCUGUGCCAGCGGUUGAUGGAUCUUUCCUUGGAAAAGACCCAGACGUUAUGAUUGCUGAAGGCCAAGUGCACCCCUUAGAUGCUGUUAUUGUUGGUGUCAAUAGUAAUGAAGGUGGCUUCCAUUGGCAUGGAGUCAUGGAGACACCAGAUUCUCAACCGUCAGUGUCCAUGUUUAAAGAGUCCAUCGUGAAUGUAAGCUUUACUAAGCAAGGGGACUGUGAUAUUGUGAAAGAGGCAAUCAUGUACCGCUACACCAACCACACUGAACCAUUCUCUCCUCACAAUUUGCUGCACAACUGGCAAAGACUGGUCACAGAGUACCGUUUCUUUGCGCCUGCCAUUAGAAUGGCCCAAGCAUACGUCAAGGCUGGCAUUCCAACCUACUUCUACCAUUUCUCCCAUUGGUCAACAUUCUCAAAGCGGCCUAAGUCUGUGGGUGUUGUGCAUUUUGAUGAGAUCCCGUAUGUCUUUGGGUUGCCAUGGAAACCAAACAAAGGGAUUCAGGUUGCAACCAAGUACACAGAUGUCGAGAGGGGACUGAGUACUAUGGUCAUGCGCAUGUGGGGUGAAUUUGCCUACACUGGGUCACCAAUGAAAGCUGGUGACUCCCCACAAAAUGUGACCUGGCCUCUUUACUCAACCGAGCAAGAAGAGUAUCUGGAUAUAGGUCUGCAGCUCAGUGUUCACAGAAAACUACGACCAGACGGCAUGGCCUUUUGGAAUGAAUUUGUGCCCCUACUGACAAAACAUUGCCAGCAAAACUAGAAAAAAUCGUGUAAUAGUUGCACAAAGCAGGGCCAUAGCCAUUAAUCAGAGUAUUAAAUAUUUUGCGCAAUACUUAAUACCGUAUACUACUUUUAAAGUUGAUUUUUCCCCAAUGCUAUGAUAGAUAGCGGUGUAAAGAAAAAGAUGGACGCAAGAUACAGUAUAAGCUGCAAUCAUAGGAAGACUAGCUUAUAUAGCUUAUUGUAUUUAGAUUUUUUUCAAAUGCCUUGAACUGAGAUGCAGUCUGCUUUGUGCAGGAGAGUAGGAUAUCUUAUGUUUUAACGUUGAACCGUGCUUAGCAUGUUUCUUAGAUGUUGUUGUUAUUGUUAUAUGGUUUGUUAAAAACAAUUAUUUUAGAGGCUCUUAGAGUUUACUUUGGAGUAUGUCUAGUUUUAAUAUAUUAUAUGUUAAAAUAAAGUAUAUAUAUAUAUAUAAUGCCAUUUUAUUUUGCUUGUAUGUUACAGAAUCAUUUUGUUCUUCGUGUAUUUUUUAAUGAAAAAGUGUGCAUAUAUGAAUAGUAACGACUUAUUUGAUACGAUA